UCUGUUCUUGUGUUUUCUCUGCAAUUUGUUCGACACCAGUUCUGUCGCUGACUGCUACCAUUUUAGAAAAAUUAGGAAACAGAGUGUUUUUGCAGUGAAGGAGGAAUGGGAUUGUUGAGUAGUUUGUUUGGAAUGAUUGGUUUUGGAAUUGGGCUGCCGAUUGGUCUCUUCAUUGGAUUUUAUUUGUUUGUUUACUCUAAAUCCGAAGAUGUUGAGGAUCUGGAGAGCAAGCCACUCUGUGAGCUAGACCCCGUUGCAUUGGAAGACCUUAUGCCCGAGAUUCCCCUGUGGGUGAAGAGUCCAGACUACGACCGGGUAGAUUGGUUGAACAAAUUUAUAUCACAUAUGUGGCCUUACAUGGAGAAGGCAAUCUGCAACUCGAUUAAAAGCACAGCAGAGCCGAUUUUUGCAGAGUACGUGGGGCAAUUUAAGAUAGAUGCCAUUGAGUUCAGGAAUCUAAGCCUCGGUAAUCUUCCACCAACUGUUCAUGGACUUAAAGUCUCUGAGACAAACGAGAGGGAACUAGUCAUGGAGCCAGAUAUCAGAUGGGGCGGUAAUCCAAAUGUGAUUGUUGCAGUAACUAUUUCGUCUGUAAAAGUGACAAUCCAGUUAGUCGAUUUACAAGUAUUUGUUAUGCCUCGGGUGACCUUGAAACCGCUCGUGCCUACAAUUCCAUGUUUUGCAAACAUAGUGGUUUCUCUUUUGGAGAAGCCACAUAUAGACUUUGGGAUGAAGGUCUUGGGAGGCGACGUGAUGUCCAUUCCUGGCCUUUAUCGUUAUGUUCAGGAUAGGAUUAAAAAAGAAGUUGCUAGUCUUUAUCUUUGGCCAAAAUCUCUUGAGAUACCGAUGAUUGAUGCUUCAACGGUGGCUUUGAAGAAGCCCGUUGGGAUCUUGCACGUGAGAGUUAUACGUGCAACAAAGCUUCUGAAGAUGGAUCUACUUGGCUUGUCCGAUCCAUAUGUGAAGCUGAACCUCAGCGGAGAGAAGCACCCGUCCAAGAAAACUACGGUCAAGAAAAAGACCUUGAAUCCCGAGUGGAACGAGGAAUUCAAGCUCUCAGUCAAGGAUCCCCAAUCUCAGAUGCUUCUCAUAAAUGUCUAUGACUGGGACAAGGUAGGCUCGCAUGAUAGGCUGGGGACUCAAGUUUUCCCUCUGAAAAUGCUCAUGCCAAACGAGGUGAAAGAGGUCACCCUUGAAUUGUUGAAGGACACGAGCAUCUCUGAUGUUAACAAGAAGCAGAGAGGGCAGCUGUUUCUCGAGCUCGCAUACGCUCCCUUUAGAGAAGACAGCCUCAGUUUCAGAGGGGUUCUCGAUGGGUACAGUAGGAAAGACAGCGUGAUGGAUAGGGCUCUGAGCAACAUAAGCAUGACGAGUGCUUCAGGACUACUCUUAGUCACUGUGCAAGGUGCACAGGACGUGGAAGGAUCGCGCCACAACAAUCCAUACGUGCUGAUCAUCUUUAGAGGGGAGACAAAGAAAUCAAAGAUGUUGAGGAAGACGCGAAACCCUGUGUGGAACGAGGAGUUCCAGUACUUGCUGGAAGAACCUCCAUUGCAAGACAAGAUUCAUGUGAAGGUUAUGAGCAAAAGGAGCCUCAGCUUCCAGUCUAAGGAAUCCUUAGGGCACGUCGACAUCAACCUUGCUGAUGUCGUGCACAACGGGCGUAUUAACCAGAAGUAUCAUUUGAUCGACUCGAAGAACGGGGUGAUACACGUUGAGUUGAGGUGGAAAACCAUAUGAGGAAAGGUUGAAGGUGAUGAUGCAUUGCAGAGUGGCAGAUGAGAUAGAUAUGUAUGGAUACAUAUCUUGGAGGGUAAAGUAGUCAUUUCAAUCUUGUGGUUCAAAAGCUUGGCGCCAAAGCAGUUCUUAUGUGAACA